CAGAAACUCAAGCGAGAGGCUAAAGUAUGGAGCACGCUAGACCACCCCAACGUGGCUCGAUUCAUCGGCAUGUAUUAUCACCGGGAAGUGGGAGGAUAUGCUACCCCCCGCCUGGUAUCAGUGUUUUAUGAGAGAAGAACCCUUAAAGACAACCUGGGAAACAUUCAGGACUAGCCAGAGACUGAAAUUUCUUCGCCAAUUUUUGUCUGGACUAGCAUAUUUGCACCACAAAAAGGUCAUCCAUGGAGACCUCAAACCUUCAAACGUUCUUAUCGACGACUCUUUUAGCGCAGUUUUGACGGACUUUGGCCUUUCUCGGGUCCUCGAAGCUUCUGGUUUCACAACCACGAGUCCACAAGCGCCUGGCACAUUUCGUUAUAUGGCGCGCGAGUUGAUGGAUCCCAGUUCCCAUUCGACAAAAGCACCACUAGCUACCAAGCAAUCAGACAUCUGGUCGGCAGGUAUGACGGGCCUAGAGAUUUUAUCCGGCAUGAUUCCGUAUGUCAAUAAGAGGGAAGACAGCGAGCUAAUCUAUGAAAUUUGUAACCGAAGGGGAAAACCCAGCAGGCAUCAGUACCCUCGGGUAACAAGUGGGCUAUGGUCAAUGCUGGAGGCCUGUUGGGCAGAGGAGGGGACCCGGCCAGCUGUGUCCCAAUUGAUAGAUCACUUGGACACUCGUUAUCCACAGGCUUGCGGCUAAACCCUGUGAAACUCUCACAGGUAUAGGAGAUACAGAACUUCCUGACACUAUAAUAUCUACAGUUUCGGCUUCGCGCCAAUAAUGAAUCCAUCAUCUUC